AUGAGCACAGUCGGAAAGCUACCGCCGGUCACUUCUAGGCGUCUGGUCCAGGCGGCUGUGAAAAGCCGGGACGAGAAGCCGGAUGCGGCUGCCCCAGAUCCAUUCAAGAGCUUCUAUUACAAAGACCUCAUCACCACGCCAGCAAUGGGUGACCAAAGAAAGCCGGUCCUAAAACCGGCGCUCCCACUAAAGUUCAAGGCAUACCUAUGCCGACCAUAUGCUCUUUGUCAUUUCCUGGCCGCUGGAGCUUAUUAUGAGACUGGCUUCCAGCCCGUCUCCCUUCUUGCUGAUUCCAAAUAUUGCUGUGCUUACAGCGGCGGUGUUGGUCAAUACAAAAUGGGCAACUACGCCCCCACCAUCUGGGUGAACAAUAUUGCUGCCAAGAAGGGAUGUCAGCAGAAAAGAGCUGUGCACACCGCCACUGUCAUCUGGUCUGAUUCUACCUGGAGUCACCAGAAACUGCAUAAUCGAUCUCGCCGAGCAGUGGGGCGCGAAUUCAAGGUCACCGAGCGUACCGUCACAAUGAACGACGUUCGAAAGGCGCUGAAGGAAAAUAGGAUCGUGCACGAAAAUCCGGAAAAUGGCAAGACUGAGGAGCUGCAUAUUCCAACCAUGGAAAGCAAAGACAACCUGUUGCAGCGGUUCUAUAUUACGCUUACUGAUAUUCAGUACGGACGCAGCGGUGACAUGCCACAGUGGACGAAAAUCAUCAAC